AUGGCCACUUCUUCUUCUUUCCUUUCAACCCCUCUCCUAAAGUCUUCUUCUUCUUUUCCCACCCAUUUCCUUUCCCCUCUUAAACACUGCGUUUCAGCACCCAGCACAGAGUUCAGGGCUCUUGCCCUUUACAGGAACAGAAAUGGAGUCUCCACGUCUUCGGCGGCUGUGGCUACGGAGGCUCAGGUUUCGACCCAAGACGACAAAUUGAAGGAGACCCAGAAGGAGAAAUCUGAUAAGCUAGAGAAAGUCGUGCUUCCAACCAACGAGUCCUCUGAGAGCCUUCUCAGAAUUCGCCACACGUGUGCACACGUGAUGGCCAUGGCUGUUCAAAAGCUCUUCCCAGAUGCAAAAGUGACAAUUGGUCCGUGGAUAGAAAAUGGGUUUUACUAUGAUUUUGAUAUGGAGCCUUUGACAGACAAAGAGUUGAAGAGAAUCAAGAAGGAGAUGGAUCGCAUCAUUGGUAGAAAUUUACCACUUAUAAGAGAAGAAGUUUCAAGAGAUGAAGCUCAGAGAAGAAUAACUGCUCUCAAUGAACCAUACAAAUUGGAAAUUUUGGAUAGCAUUAAGGAAGAUCCCAUUACCAUAUAUCAUAUUGGUAAUGAAUGGUGGGACCUAUGUGCGGGACCUCAUGUUGAAUAUACUGGAAAAAUUAACAGAAAAGCUGUUGAACUUGAGUCUAUUGCUGGUGCUUACUGGAGAGGGGAUGAAAAGAAACCCAUGCUGCAGAGGAUCUAUGGAACUGCAUGGGAGAGUGAAGAUCAAUUGAAGGCAUAUCUUCAUUUCAAAGAGGAAGCUAAACGUCGAGAUCACAGGCGCCUUGGUCAAGUACUUGACCUGUUUUCUAUACAGAAUGAUGCUGGUGGGGGUUUAGUGUUCUGGCAUCCAAAGGGUGCUAUUGUGAGGCAUGUAAUAGAAGAUUUGUGGAAAAAGAUCCACAUAGAACGUGGUUAUGAUCUGCUGUAUACUCCACAUGUUGCAAAGGCAGAUCUUUGGCAGAUAAGUGGUCAUCUGGAUUUCUACAAAGAGAAUAUGUAUGAUCAGAUGAAUAUUGAGGAUGAACUUUACCAACUUCGACCGAUGAACUGCCCCUAUCACAUCUUGAUUUACAAGAGGAGGCCUCACUCUUAUCAUGAUUUUCCUAUUCGAGUUGCUGAGUUGGGAACAGUAUAUAGAUAUGAGUUAUCUGGAAGCUUACAUGGCCUUUUUCGUGUAAGAGGUUUUACUCAGGAUGAUGCACACAUCUUUUGUCUAGAAGAUCAGAUUAAAGAUGAAAUCAGGGGUGUCCUAGAUCUUACCGAAGAACUUUUACUGCAAUUUGGCUUCAGCAAAUAUGAAGUCAAUCUCUCUACGAGGCCAGAGAAAUCUGUUGGAGAUGAUGAUAUAUGGGUGAAAGCAACAUCUGCCCUCAGAGAUGCUUUGGAUGAUAAGGGUUGGAGCUAUCAAAUUGAUGAUGGUGGUGGUGCGUUUUAUGGUCCCAAGAUUGAUCUUAAGAUUGAAGAUGCUCUUGGAAGGAAGUGGCAGUGCUCAACUAUACAGGUUGAUUUUAACCUACCACAGCGUUUUGACAUAACAUAUGUUGACUCAAACUCGGAAAAGAAGCGGCCUAUAAUGAUUCAUAGAGCUGUUCUUGGGUCCUUGGAGCGUUUCUUUGGAGUCCUUAUAGAGCAUUAUGCUGGGGAUUUUCCAUUAUGGCUUUCGCCAGUACAAGCUCAUGUUUUACCAGUUACUGACACUCAGCUUGAUUACUGCAAAGAGGUAACCAAAAAACUGAAAGCAAAUGGUAUUCGCGGUGAACUUUGCCACGGUGAACGCCUGCCAAAACUGAUUAGAAAUUCAGAGAUGCUGAAAAUCCCAUUGAUGGCUGUUGUCGGUGCCAAAGAAGUUGAAACUGGCACUGUUACAUUAAGAUCCAGGUUUGGUGGGGAUCUUGGCACCAUGGCAAUUGAUGAUUUUGUCAGUACAAUCAAGUCGGCCAUUGAAAGCAGAGUGUCAAUUUGA